GGCUGAGUAAAUUUUUUUCGGUAUCAAAAUAUCAAAUUAUGAUUAUUAUGCUUUAAAAAUUUAAACAAUUUGUAUAGUUUUAAAAAUAUUUCCAACAAAUUAUGUGUUCUCGGAAACAAUGCAUUGCUGAUCAUGACGUAUCGUCCCACACCAAUGAAGACAUAAAUUCUAAUUCUACUUUAGUUCAGAAGUUUCGCCAAAACAGUAAAACGUCAGUUCGUUUGACUUAUUUUGAUGGAUCGAGCUACGUAAAAAAACAUAAAGCUCGUCAAACAAAACAAGCCAGUAAGAAAUCGUUCGUUGGGAGUUCUGAUACAAACAUCCGAAAUACUAUUACUAAAUGUAAAACGUGCUGUGACAAUGCGGACCAGAAAUCUAGUGGAAGUGGUUCUAAGUCGGCGGCUGACAUGUCAGACACUCUGCCGGCUGACGUGUGUGUGCGGAUGGUGGGCGGACGAGUACGUGAAAUAUUAGACUUAUUGGCCCGGUCGGACAACGACAUGGGGUGUGCGGACGCCUAUUGGUUGCAGAAGCUGUUUAAGUCAGUAAUCCGAGCACUUGAUGACUUACGGAGUGCUUGCUGUAGACCACGUCAGAUAACCAAAUUGCGAAAUUCUUGCAAAAAUACCGCCCGGCUCUCCGGCGCCGGUUCCAGGCCGUCCAUGUCAUCGAGUGAACUUAGUGUGCUGUGCAAAUAUCCACACAAUGUUUGUAAUCAAUGCGGUUGUUCGGUCAAUAUUAACCUGCAGAAAUUGAUAAAAGCAGCCGCCAAUUUUGGAUGCUUGUAUGGUUACGCGGUCAACUCGGACAAAGUGAAUAGACGUUAAAAGUACAUACUAUUUAAUAUUAUAUAAUAUUUAUGUGCUCACCCAGAGUUGAAAACACUCAGUAAAUACUACCUGGAACUACAGAUUUAGAAAGUCCUAUGGGAAAACUGUGUUUGUGUUUACGUACCUAUUAUAAGUCCAUCUCGUGUUUAAUAAUAAAUCUUCACUUACAAUUUCUAUAACAGUUUUCUGCGAACAUGACGUAUUUAGGAACAUAGAAAAACAUAACGAUGACAUUUGAAGAUUUUACACUUUCACCGUAUUGUACUGCAAUACCUA